AUGUUCGAGUUAUACUCCGCGCGCAAAGUGUCGAUGUCGCCCGCCGCGCAUGAGUUCGUCAUUCGCUGCGAGCAGAACGGCGUGCGGAAGGCCGAGUGGGCCGCUGGCCUCACACCCGACGGCGACGCCACCACGGCUGCUGCUGCUGCUCCAGGGGCAACAGAAGGCACGUCACCAUCAUCAGUCACAGCGACAGCAAGAGCCGCACCGUCGCUUAUGAUGCUGCUAUCCCCGCGCGAGCUCCUCAAGAAGAUCGCCGUCAUUGACCCGCGCGGCCGCCUGGAGCGCAUGAUGGAGAUGAGCACGUCGGUUGUUGAUCUGCAGACGUGUGCGCGGAAGCUGCAGGUGGCGGUGGACGCCGCUGACGCGAACAGUAACAGCUUUGACUACGCCACAACGUGCCAGCUGGUCAGCAAGCUUGUCUCCAAGGCGCGACGCACGUGCGGGGCUGCGCUGCUUGAGGAGGCGCCACGCC